CAACUUCCCAUCCCAACCCCCGCCCCCAAGUUCCUCCCCAGCAUCUCCACCCGCGCGGGGCGCCCUUCGCAGGGCGGGGUAACCCAGGCUCCGGGGUCUUUGGCUGGGGUCCAGCCUGAGGCCCUGGGCGGCGGCGGCCGCGGCAGCAGCAGCGGGCGGGGUUUGGGGGUUUUUUAUAACCCUGGCAGGCUGCUCAGGAAGUGAGUGCCUUCCCGCGCCCCCUCCCCCGGCCACGCCGCCGCGCGCUAGCUCCCUCCCUUCCUGCGCGCUGGGCGGCGAGACUGUGCGGCCACGGUGGACCAGAGGCCCCGGGCACACAGGAGACCGGUGAUGCUGCCCAGACUGUGAACAGGGGAGGCAGCACUGCAGGGGCUGCCAGCAGCCGGGGCUGGGGAGAGACAUGUGGACACGUAGCUCCUAUGGCUUCUGCCUGCCAGAUCCUCCGCUGGGCCCUUGCCCUGGGGCUGGGCCUCACAUUCAAGGUCACGCAAGCCUUCAGAUCUCAAGAUGAACUCCUGUCCAGUUUGGAGAGCUAUGAGAUUGCCUUCCCAACCCGUGUGGACCACAACGGGGCAAUGCUGGCCUUCUCUCCACCUGCCCCCCGGAGGCAGCGUCGGGGUACGGGGGCCACAGCAGAGUCGCGCCUGUUCUACAAGGUGGCCGCACCCAGCACUCACUUCCUGCUGAAUCUGACCCGCAGCCCCCGUCUACUGGCAGGGCGUGUCUCCGUGGAAUACUGGACACGGGAGGGCCUGGCCUGGCAGAGGGCUGCCCGAGCCCACUGCCUCUACGCUGGCCACCUACAAGGCCAAGCUGGGAGCUCCCACGUGGCCAUCAGCACCUGUGGAGGCCUGCACGGUCUGAUUGUGGCAGGCGAGGAAGAAUAUCUGAUUGAACCCCUGCAAGGUGGGCCCAAAGGUCGCCGUGGCCCAGAAGAGAGUGGCCCCCACGUAGUAUACAAGCGUUCCUCUCUGCGUCACCCCCAUCUGGACACAGCCUGUGGAGUGAGAGAUGAGAAACCAUGGAAGGGUCGUCCGUGGUGGCUGCGGACACUGAAGCCACCACCUGCCAGACCCCUGGGGAAUGAGACAGAGCGAGGCCAGCCAGGCCUGAAGCGAUCAGUCAGCAGGGAGCGCUAUGUGGAGACGCUGGUGGUAGCCGACAAGAUGAUGGUGGCCUACCACGGGCGGAGAGAUGUGGAGCAGUAUGUGUUGGCCAUCAUGAACAUUGUUGCCAAACUUUUCCAGGACUCGAGUCUGGGAAACAUCGUCAACAUCCUCGUCACUCGCCUUAUCCUGCUCACAGAGGACCAGCCCACCCUGGAGAUCACCCACCAUGCUGGCAAGUCACUGGACAGCUUCUGUAAGUGGCAGAAAUCCAUCAUGAGCCACAGUGGCCAUGGUAACGCCAUCCCAGAGAACGGCGUGGCCAACCAUGACACAGCUGUGCUCAUCACACGCUAUGACAUCUGCAUCUACAAGAACAAACCCUGCGGCACUCUGGGCCUGGCCCCUGUGGGGGGGAUGUGUGAGCGCGAGAGGAGCUGCAGUAUCAAUGAAGAUAUCGGCCUGGCCACGGCAUUCACCAUUGCCCAUGAGAUCGGGCACACAUUUGGCAUGAAUCACGAUGGUGUGGGGAAUGGCUGCGGGGCCCGUGGUCAGGACCCAGCAAAGCUCAUGGCUGCCCACAUUACCAUGAAGACUAACCCAUUCGUGUGGUCAUCAUGCAGUCGAGACUACAUCACCAGCUUUCUGGACUCGGGCCUGGGGCUUUGCCUGAAUAACCGGCCUCCCAGACAGGACUUCGUGUACCCGACGGUGGCUCCUGGCCAGGCCUACGACGCUGAUGAGCAGUGCCGAUUCCAGCAUGGAGUCAAAUCGCGUCAGUGUAAAUACGGGGAGGUCUGCAGUGAGCUGUGGUGCCUGAGCAAGAGCAAUCGGUGCAUCACCAAUAGCAUCCCAGCUGCUGAGGGAACACUGUGCCAAACACAUACCAUCGACAAAGGGUGGUGCUACAAACGUGUGUGUGUCCCCUUUGGGUCUCGACCAGAGGGUGUGGAUGGGGCCUGGGGCCCAUGGACUCCAUGGGGCGACUGCAGCAGGUCAUGCGGUGGCGGUGUGUCAUCCUCCAGUCGGCACUGCGACAGCCCCAGGCCGACCAUUGGGGGCAAGUACUGUCUGGGCGAGAGACGGAGGCACCGAUCCUGCAACACCGAUGACUGCCCCCCUGGCUCCCAGGACUUCCGAGAGAUGCAGUGCUCUGAAUUUGACAGUGUUCCUUUCCGUGGGAAGUUCUACACGUGGAAGACGUAUCGCGGAGGCAGGGAGUUCCAGGGUGACCUGGCUCCAGGUCUGAUGGGGCCGUGCCCCCCAGGGGGCGUGAAGGCCUGUUCACUGACUUGCCUAGCAGAAGGCUUCAACUUUUACACGGAGAGAGCAGCAGCUGUGGUGGAUGGCACACCCUGCCGCCCUGACACCGUAGACAUCUGUGUCAGCGGCGAGUGCAAGCAUGUGGGCUGUGACCGGGUCCUGGGUUCUGAUCUCCGAGAGGACAAAUGCCGAGUGUGUGGGGGUGAUGGCAGUGCCUGUGAGACCAUCGAGGGGGUCUUCAGCCCAGCUUUGCCAGGAAGUGGGUAUGAGGACGUCGUCUGGAUCCCCAAAGGCUCCGUCCACAUUUUCAUCCAAUAUCUGAACCUGUCCCUUAGCCACCUGGCCCUAAAAGGGGACCAGGAAUCUCUGCUACUGGAGGGGCUACCUGGGACCCCCCAACCUCACCGCCUUCCCUUGGCUGGGACCACCUUUCAUCUACGUCAGGGUCCAGAUCAGGCCCAGAGCCUGGAAGCCCUGGGACCCAUUAAUGCAUCUCUCAUCGUCAUGGUGCUGGCCCAGGCAGAGCUGCCUGCCCUCCACUACCGCUUUAACGCGCCCAUUGCCCGGGAUGCGCUGCCUCCCUACUCCUGGCACUACGCCCCCUGGACCAAGUGCUCAGCCCAGUGCGCAGGCGGCAGCCAGGUUCAAGUGGUGGAGUGCCGAAAUCAGCUGGACAGCUCAGCGGUGGCCCCGCACUACUGCAGCGCCUACAGCAAAUUGCCUAAGCGGCAGCGUGCCUGCAACACAGAACCGUGCCCACCAGAUGCACCCCGAGCUGUGGGCCUGGUCUCCGCCACCGAGUGGUCCUUUGUAAGAGUGCAGAUCAGCGGUCCACUCUGCCCCCUGGGCACUGCCCUCCCUCCGCCAAGCCACCAACCACUAUGCGAUGCAACCUGCGCCGCUGCCCUCCUGCCCGUUGGGUGGCCAGCGAGUGGGGCGAGUGCUCCUCACAGUGUGGCCUCGGCCAGCAGCAGCGCACGGUGCGGUGCACCAGCCACACGGGUCAGCCGUCCCGAGAGUGCACUGAAGCCCUGCGGCCAUCCACCAUGCAGCAGUGUGAGGCCAAGUGUGACAGCGUGGUGCCCGCUGGGGAUGGCCCAGAAGGGCAGCAAGGAGCGUUUCCACUGGCAGAGUCACAAUGUGAAGCAGAGCGGGGUGGACGACAUGGUGCUGCUGCCCCAGAUCACGGAGGACGCCAUUGUGAGCAAUCUGCGCAAGCGCUUCAUGGACGACUACAUCUUCACAUAUAUCGGCUCCGUGCUUAUCUCUGUAAACCCCUUCAAGCAAAUGCCCUACUUCACUGACCGAGAAAUUGACCUCUACCAGGGUGCAGCCCAGUAUGAGAAUCCCCCCCAUAUCUACGCCCUCACUGACAACAUGUACCGGAAUAUGCUGAUCGACUGUGAGAACCAGUGUGUCAUUAUCAGUGGGGAGAGCGGAGCUGGGAAGACAGUGGCUGCUAAGUACAUCAUGGGUUACAUCUCCAAGGUGUCUGGUGGGGGUGACAAGGUCCAGCACGUCAAAGACAUAAUCCUCCAAUCAAACCCACUGCUGGAGGCCUUCGGCAAUGCCAAGACAGUGCGCAACAACAAUUCCAGCCGCUUCGGCAAGUACUUCGAGAUCCAGUUCAGCCGAGGCGGGGAACCAGAUGGAGGCAAGAUCUCCAACUUCCUGCUGGAGAAGUCUCGUGUGGUCAUGCAGAAUGAGAAUGAGAGGAAUUUCCACAUCUACUACCAGCUUCUGGAAGGGGCCUCCCAGGAGCAGCAGCAGAACCUAGGACUCAUGACACCAGACUACUAUUACUACCUAAACCAAUCAGACACCUACAAGGUGGAAGGCACUGAUGACCGGAGCGACUUCAGCGAGACCCUGAACGCCAUGCAUGUCAUUGGGAUUCCAGCCAGUGUGCAGCAGCUCGUCCUGCAGCUCGUGGCAGGGAUCCUGCACCUGGGGAACAUCAGCUUCUGUGAAGAAGGGAACUAUGCCCGUGUGGAGAGUGCAGACCUCUUGGCCUUUCCAGCCUAUCUGCUGGGCAUAGACAGUGGGCGACUGCAGGAGAAGCUGACCAGUCGAAAGAUGGACAGCAAAUGGGGUGGACGCAGUGAGUCCAUUGAUGUGACCCUCAAUGUGGAGCAGGCAGCCUACACUCGUGAUGCACUGGCCAAGGGGCUCUAUGCCCGCCUCUUCGACUUCCUGGUGGAGGCUAUCAACCGCGCCAUGCAGAAACCUCGGGAAGAGUACAGCAUCGGUGUCCUUGACAUCUAUGGCUUUGAGAUCUUCCAGAAAAAUGGCUUUGAGCAGUUCUGCAUCAACUUCGUCAAUGAGAAGUUACAGCAGAUUUUUAUUGAGCUCACCCUGAAGGCAGAACAGGAGGAGUAUGUGCAAGAGGGCAUCCGCUGGACCCCCAUCGAGUACUUCAACAACAAAGUCGUGUGUGACCUCAUCGAAAACAAGCUGAACCCCCCAGGCAUCAUGAGCGUGCUAGACGACGUGUGCGCCACGAUGCAUGCAACUGGCGGUGGCGCGGACCAGACGCUGCUGCAAAAGCUGCAAGCUGCAGUGGGCACCCACGAGCACUUCAACAGCUGGAGCGCGGGUUUCGUCAUCCAUCACUACGCAGGCAAAGUCUCCUAUGACGUCAGUGGCUUCUGUGAGAGGAAUCGAGAUGUCCUGUUCUCCGAUCUUAUAGAACUGAUGCAGUCCAGUGAUCAAGCCUUCCUACGGAUGCUCUUUCCUGAGAAGCUAGACACAGACAAGAAGGGCCGCCCCAGUACUGCUGGCUCCAAGAUCAAGAAACAAGCCAAUGACCUGGUGUCCACGCUGAAGAAGUGCACACCCCACUAUAUCCGCUGCAUCAAACCCAAUGAGACCAAGCGGCCCCGGGACUGGGAGGAGAGCAGGGUGAAGCACCAGGUGGAGUACCUGGGCCUACGAGAAAACAUCCGGGUGCGCAGGGCAGGCUUUGCCUACCGUCGGCAGUUCUCCAAGUUCCUGCAGAGGUAUGCCAUUCUGACCCCUGAGACAUGGCCACGGUGGCGUGGAGAUGAACGCCAGGGAGUCCAGCACCUGCUUCGUGCUGUGAACAUGGAGCCAGAUCAGUACCAGAUGGGGAGUACCAAGGUCUUUGUUAAGAACCCGGAGUCGCUUUUCCUCCUGGAAGAAAUGCGAGAGAGGAAGUUUGAUGGCUUCGCCCGUACCAUCCAGAAAGCCUGGCGGCGCCACAUAGCAGUCCGAAAGUACGAGGAGAUGCGGGAAGAAGCUUCCAACAUCCUACUGAACAAGAAGGAACGCAGGCGAAACAGCAUUAACCGGAAUUUUGUCGGGGACUAUCUGGGGCUGGAGGAGCGGCCUGAGUUGCGCCAGUUCCUGGCCAAAAGGGAACGAGUGGACUUUGCCGACUCAGUCACCAAGUAUGACCGCCGUUUCAAGCCCAUCAAACGGGACUUGAUCCUGACCCCCAAGUGUGUGUAUGUGAUUGGGAGAGAGAAGGUCAAAAAGGGACCAGAGAAGGGUCUGGUUCGUGAAGUCCUGAAGAAGAAAUUGGAGAUCCAGGCCCUUCGAGGCGUGUCCCUCAGCACCAGACAGGAUGACUUCUUCAUCCUUCAGGAAGAGGCUGCCGACAGUUUCUUAGAAAGCAUCUUCAAGACCGAGUUCGUCAGCCUUCUGUGCAAGCGCUUUGAAGAGGCCGCACGCAGGCCCCUGCCCCUCACCUUCAGCGACACACUACAGUUCCGGGUGAAGAAGGAAGGCUGGGGUGGAGGCAGUACCCGCAACGUCACCUUCUCCCGCGGGAUAGGAGACUUGGCUGUGCUCAAAGCUGGGGGCCGAGCUCUCACUGUCAGCAUUGGGGACGGUCUGCCUAAGAGCACCAAGCCUACGCGGAAGGGGUUAGCCCAGGGAAGACCUCGAAGGUCAGCGCAGGCCCCUACUCGAGCAGCUCCUGGGCCCCCCAGAGGCAUGAAUCGAAAUGGGGUACCACCUUCUUCCCGGGCGGGGCCCUUACCCGUGGAGAUCACAUCUGGAAGGAGUUCCCAGAGGCCUCCCCGAGGCCCUCCAUCCUCAACCCUAGGAGCCAGCAGACGUCCCCGGGCACGGCCACCUUCAGAGCACAACACAGAAUUCCUCAAUGUGCCUGACCAGGGUGUGGCAGGCAUGCAAAGGAAGCGGAGCACAGGGCAGAGACCGGUGCCAGGUGUGGGUCGGCCCAAGCCCCAACCACGCAUCCAUGGCCCAAGGUGCCGGGCACUGUACCAAUACAUAGGCCAAGAUGUGGACGAGCUGAGCUUCAAUGUGAAUGAAGUAAUUGAGAUCCUCAUGGAAGAUCCCUCUGGCUGGUGGAAGGGCCGACUCCAUGGCCAGGAAGGUCUCUUCCCAGGAAACUAUGUGGAGAAGAUCUGACUAUCCACCCACCAGUCUGCCUGCUUGCCCUGCCAGUGGGAGCUUUGAUUUCCCUGGCUGCACUGGCCAGAAUGCUCAGGCCUGUGGCCUCCAGCCCAGGGAGGGUCACCACCGUCACACCCCAUGCCUGGUGCUGGCCUCCCAUGGGUUGAAUCGCUGUCCAAGUCUCUGUUUCAUCGUGUGUCCGAUAGGAUUCACUGCAGAAACUACCUCCCAACUGCCUUGUGUGUGUGAACCCUGAGCGCCAAGUGCUGUGCACAGUCCAGGGUCAGGGGACUUUGACAGUCGGCUCUCCACCUUUCUCUCAUCACUGAGGCAAAUAAACAU